AUGUCCGGAGAGAUUACUGCCUCACCCCCAACGCGACUCGGCGAUGCAGAACUGGGUAAAGAUGCUGAAGAAUGCAGGUGCGACGACGCGCCUGCACCAAGCCCGCUCGAAUACACAUCCUUCACGCAGUCGCAGCGGCGGCAACUACGACCGCUUCUCGGUUUGGCAGCCAUCACGUCACCCUUGACGGCCACCAUCUACUUUCCACUUCUUCCCUUACUGCGCACACAGUUCGGUACCACAGCGCAGGCUAUCAACCUUACAAUCACUCUUUACAUCAUCUUCCAGGCCAUUUCACCCGUCAUAUUCGGACCACUAUCUGAUGUUCAUGGCCGGCGACCCUACUUCCUGGCCACUCUGGCCCUGUACGUCAUCGGCAACUUGGGACUAGCUCUCAACGAGCGCAACUAUGCUGUCCUCUUAGUUCUGCGUGCGAUACAGAGUCUUGGAGCAAGCGCAGCGUACGCCAUCAGCUUUGGCGUUGUUGCAGACGUCUGUGUACCGAGCGAACGAGGACAGAUGCUAGGCCCCAUCAGCAUGGCCAUGAAUCUGGGCACUUGUGUAGGUCCAGUCGUAGGAGGCGUAGUGGCUUACACGAGUGGAAACAUCAAUUGGGUAUUCUGGGCCCUGUUCAUUGUCGGCGGAGUCUUGCUCAUCGGCGUGGGCGCGCUCCUCCCCGAGACAGCUCGAAACAUGGUCGGCAAUUGCAGUGACAAGUCUGGAUACAAGUGGUGGCAAUACAGCUGGGUAGGCAUUUUACGAGAACGAAUGAAGGUAAAAGCAGCAAAGAGACUGAAUGAAGAGGGUGCGACUCCAGUGUCAUCAGCGGCAGCUCCAUGCCAGACGACUAAGCGGAAGGACACCUUUCUCACCUUAUGGGUUCACGGAUCGUUCUACACAGUGGACUACUCCUUCGUUGCAGCGGGCCCAGACAUCUACAAAGACAUAUAUCAUUGGAAUGAGCUUUACAUUGGCUUGUCGUAUCUGCCGCGUGGUAUUGGCACCAUCGCCGGAGCUUACUUCACCGGAAAGAUGAUGGAUUACAAUUACCGUGCCAUUGCUCGCAGCAUCGACUGGACCAUCGAUGAGGUAUCUGGUGAUGACCUUCUGAAGUUCCCAAUCGAGCGUGCAAGGACAAGAUACAGCUACGCCAUGCUAAUGAUAUCGACAGCGACCAUGAUUGGCUAUGGAUGGACUGUCCAAUAUCACGCUUACCUGGCUAUACUAUUGAUCCUACAGUUUUUGCAAGGUUUCUGGGGUUGCUACGGCUACACGACAUUUAGCACCUUGCUAGUGGAUUCUUUCCCCUAA